GAAGGAAAAUGGAAAAUGGAAAAUGGAAAAUGGAAAAUGGAAAAUGGAAAAUGGAAAAUGGAAAAUGGAAAAUUGAAAAUUGAAAAUUGAAAAUUGAAAAUUGAAAAUAAUAAUCGUGUGUGACUUUUGUUUUGUUUCGUUUGUUUGUCCAAAAAGAAAAAGGGAAGAAGAAGAAUGAGAUGUUGGUGAUCGCAGAAGGAGGAAAUGGCGUAUGAAGAGAUGCAAGCAACGCCUCUAUCAUCGAUCGUGGAGGCGUUCGAGUAUCUAGCUGAUACCGUCGAGAAUGGGAAAGAUGAACUUCACUUAAUUGCCUUUUGUGAUGCCUGUGCUUUAGUUUCUGUUCUCUUCAAUUCUUUAGGCCUUGCUUUCAAAUUUGCCGAGUUGGAGUAUUGUGCUAAGGUGCGCGGUCUGGUUGAAGCAUCAAAGAUAUAUCCUACGUUACAUAAUAUACUGGACGUCGAUGUCCGAAAUGGCAGAGUGAGAUGUCCAGGAAGCCUUUCACGUAACUUACGUAGAGUUAGACAGGGUCUCGACCUUAUCAGAGCUUUGUUCGAGCAGUUCCUGUCCACUUAUGAUUGUUCUUUAAGAGAAGCGGCUUCAUCAGCUUACGCACAAACAUGUGCCCCAUACCAUACAUGGGCAGUUAGGGCAGCUGCUGCCGCUGGAAUGUAUGCUCUUCCAUCAAGAGAUCAGCUUCUGAUAAGCCUGAAAGAAACGGAUGAAUCAGCAGAAUUCAGAAUGCAACGGUACAUUAAAGCUGUGGUUCCAGUUAUACAGUACAUUGACAAGCUUUAUAUUUCAAGAAAUAUCACUUUAGACUGGUAAACUAGUUUAUUUAUUGUGGGGAUCAUUAGAGAUUGUUCUACAGAAGAGGCAUGCCAAAUGUUACGUUGUUCGUCUAGUUUGGUGCCCUUGGUGGAAAUUUGUAAUGAUCAACAAGGUAGGAGACUAGGAGCUAACACAAGCAUUGUUGUAUUUUAGAUCAUAUACAGGAUCAUAGCUUUCUUCUCCCGUCUCAUUCAGGUCCACUGAAAUUACCUUACUUUGAAGAGAAAAUUACAGUUCAAAUUUAGAUUUUUGUAUGUGUGGGAAUAUUUUUUUUAUAGGGUUAAGUUUAUUGCUACCAAAUUGUGGUACACAAUCUCUGUAAAUAACUGAGUUUGUUGUCAUAUAUAAAUUCAUUUUUCCAGUUUCUCGAGUUA